AAAAAAAAAAUUACAAAUAAAUAAAUUUGGUGUAAGAGAUAGAGAGAUAGAAAAGGAGAAAGUAGAAUAGAGGUGGGUGUUGUACUAAAUAUAACUACCGUACAUAUAUUACUAAGCAAACCUUUUGUUGUACUUAAUACUUAAUUCCCCCAAAUCAAAUGGAGCUGUUUUAUGCUUCGUAUGGAUCCACUUUUCCCGCUUCUCUUCACUCCUUCACCAUAAUAAAACUACAUUAUUCCUAUCUCUUUUUAGGAGUUGAGACUUGAGACACAAAGCUCUUGAUCUUUUCAAGCCUAAACUCUCUCUCUCUCUCUCUCUCUCUCUCUCUCUCUCUCUCUCUCUCUCUCUCUCUCUCUCGCUCAUAACAACACACAUAUUUCAAAACGAGCCUUUAUAUAAAUAAAUAAAGAAGAUCGAGCUUUGUGGUCUGUGAAGUAGUUGCUAAAGUAGUUAUGGGGAAGGAAUACUGGUAUUGGGGUGGAAAAUCCUCGAAGAGAGGAAGAGAAGCAGUAGCUAAAGACGCAGCCACUGCUUCGGCGGGUUGCAUGUGCGCAGUGUUUCAGUUGUUUGAUUUUCAACAGUUUCAGCUCCCUAAUUUAAACCAGGAUGCUAAACCCUCUUUCAAACAAGGCAGCAGUCCUUUCAUUCAGCUCCAAGAGCCUGUUAGUCCAAAAGGUAUAGAGGCACCAAGAAACAGUUUGAAAUCUGAUGAGGGUACAUCACUAUCAUCUAUCAUAGAGGAAGAAGAAGAUACUAAAGAAAAUUUCAAUUUGACUAUCCCAACUAUGGGUAUUCAAAUCAAAACAAAUGGAGGGUCAAGAUCAUCAUCAAAAGCUGGAGGAGCUAUCAGUGAUUUUUCCUCGGACACUAGUAGCUCUCCAAGUACCAAAACUCCAAGCUUGGUAGCACGAUUAAUGGGCCUAGACCUUCUUCCAGAGACCAACUCCCCAAGUUUUACUCCACCGGCCUCUCAUUCAGCCCAACAAAAUCGUGUCAAGAGAUUACCUCUAAGGCCUCGCCAACCUCAGCUCCAAACCAAAGAUCUUACUAAUUAUUCAGGCACUCGUUCAUUGCCGGAGACUCCAAGAAUAUCAUUGGCCAGAAGAUCCGACGUCGACUAUCACCCCCGUCUCUCGCUUCAAAUCAAUAAAGAGAACAACAACAACAACAACAACAACAACAACGCUGCUAAUCUUUGUACUGAUGAUUUGGACUUCUCAAAGUUAUCUGCUUUAAGAAGAAAGCAGUUAAGAGUUCAUGAAACCGACCAUCAUCAUUACGAGAGCAGUACUCGAAGUCCAGGUCAUUACGCUAGACAGAUUGUUAAGCAGGUGAAAGAGAGUGUAAGCAGGAAAGUUGGUUUGGUGGACAUAACAAACACAUCUUCUAGGAACAGAGAAUAUAAUCAGAGCAAAGAUGAACUUGUUAAACAGCUCAAAUCCAAGAAAGUUUCAAAGGGUUUGGCCAAACUUGAUGACCAAGCAAGCGGAGCAAAGAAUUACUCGUUAUCAAUAUCAAACAAUUCCUGUUCUCCAAGGCUCAGAUUCACAGACCCCAAGACUAUUAGGACUAUUAGUACUAUUAGUACUACUUGUACUACUACUGCUCCAACAACAACAACAACAACAGCAUCAACAGCAACAACAUCUUUAUGCGCCAGUAGUAAAGAUCAAAUUAGCAUUCAAAUUUCAAGGCCAUUGCCAAUAAUGACGACAUCAUCUUCAUCACUUGCGCCGGACAAAUUAGCUACAGUCAAGUCAAAGGCAUUGCAAGAGAGAGGAGGCCAUCAUGAGACGACGUCGUUUCACCAAAAAAGUAGAACAUCAACGAAAAAAGCUGGGCGUGAAGCAGGGUUCGGUGCAAGGCUACAAAAGAUGCAGGAAGAGACAUUUGUUCGUUCUUCAACAUCUACCAGAAGCAAUAUUCCUGACAAGAAAUGCAAGAAGACCCCUUUGUCUAACAAUCUUCUUAAUAACAUCAAUGUCCCAACUCUCUUUUCGGUCAAGAAAAGUCAUCCCAUCUCUCAUAAUAAACAGGCAGAAAUAACAGAGGUAUCUAAUAAUGCCCAAGAAUCGAAACGUAGGUCGUCACAGUUAUCUAGUUCUCAGAGCCAAAAGUACCAACACCAAACAGAGUCCCACGUGCUCGAACCCCGAGACACUACAAACGACGUCGUAACAACCACCACCACCACCGCCUCCACCAGCCGCGGCGCCAGGUGGUCGGACCUCAACCAGUACAUUUCCAGAAUACUAUUCCGUGUAGGAAUAGCGAGAACAUCCCACGUGUCCUUCACCAAUUGGUUCUCUCCCUCACACCCAUUAGACCAAUCAAUAUUUCACCGACUCGAGAACUCCUUCUACCUCCAAGAAUCAACUACUUUUGCACAUCUUUCGUCCCAGUUUCGACUCCGGUCGAACCGGAGGUUAGUGUUCGAUGUGGUUGACGAAAUCUUGGUGGAGAUAUUAAAACCUUGUAUGAACUUGAAGCCGUGGACUAAUAAUAGGAGUACACGUGGACGGUCAAGAUCAUCCUCCUCAUCCGAGUUUUGGAUCAUGCAUGGGUCCCAGUUGAUCGACACGUUGUGUUGGAGAGUUGAGAGCUUUCCCAACAAAGAUUGCCAGGUGUUGGAAGACAUUGACGAGUUAAUCGAUAGAGAUCUUCCUCAUCAGUUGAAGAUCCAAAGUGAGAUGGCAUAUGAAGAAGAAGGAGAAGGAUUAGUUAUGGAGAUUGAAAGAGACAUACUUAACACAAUACUACUUGAAACGACAAUGCUAAUGGUUGGAUCUCUUACGUACUACUAGUAGAAAUGCAAUAAAGAAAACGGUGUCGUUUUUACUUGGGUUGAUGUGUAAAGAGAUUAAGGGGUUGACACGUAGGACAGAGAGUCUUGAUGGGUCCCCCCGACAAGGCCUCGCGCGCUCUCUAAAGAUCAGUUUUCAAAAGACAAUAAUAUUGACAGAGGAAUCCCUUCAAAUAAUCCUCUUCCUUCUCUGUCUUGCUUUCUUGUAUAUUAAUAUAUUCGAGUUUUUGUUUGAUAUAAAUAGGGAUGUUGUUCUUUCUUUUCUUUCAACUUUAACUUUAAGAAACUUUUAAGGUGAUGUUUCAGCUCAGCUUUUAAUAUGAUUCGCUGAUCAUGUGAUAUAUAUUAUGGAAUAUGGAUAAUACGUGUACACUUUGUCUUGUCAUUCAGUCAUUGUACGUAAUGACUUGAUGACGAAGCUAGCUUAUUAAGAUGUGAAUAAAAUAAUUAAUUCAAAACAA